GUAAGAGCACGAGCUAUUCUCUGCUGGUCUCUUUUCUUGAAUACGAAGGUGUGCGUGGAACACCCUGAUGCCUUCCAGGCACAAUCUACACUAAAUCGUUGGGAUUCUCCUUUGACCUCUAUAGGUAGAUUUCAGUUCCGUCCCGUGAGCGGGGAUGAAAAAAUGGUGCCCAAAAUAAAUCCGGAGUCUGAAGGCGAUUCUUAAUUAUUACGAAUCUAUGAUGAUUUCAUCUUGAAAGCAAAACAAUUCUCCCACUGCAGGGUUUUUUGAAGCCUGGACCCCAAGGGGACUGCAAUUAUCGCGAGAGUUUCUUGGCUACGUCGAGAUGGAGGAGCCCCUUGCCUUUGAAAUCCCGGAACAGAGAAAUCCUGCGGUGGUUGGUGAGCGUGUUUGUGAAAGUGCGUGCGCCCGAGUUCAGGGAUUCCCUCCCAUUGCAAUUGGCAGCUACUUUUCCUUUAUCUCUCCUGGCCCUUCCCCCAGCCUGGAAGUACGGUGUAGCCUCAGUGCACUUGCAUCCUUGGACCAAUUUUUUAAAAGCUGGAUCUUAAUGUUGUGUUAGAUGAUUUUUAGUUUUAUAGGCAUAAGGGAUCCAUGCUCAUCUGUUACUAAGAAUGUGUGACAAUUUGGCAGGCAGAUGGCACGUUGGAGAUAAAUGCCUUGCUCCUUUUUUUGAAAAUGGGAAGCUUUGUGAAGCAACAAUAACGUCCUUGGAAGCAGAUGAAUAUGGGAUUUUAUUUGCAGUUGUAUCUUUUAGGGGAUCUCAAGAAAAGAAAGUACUAGUAGCAAAACUCUGUAAAUAUGCACAGAAGAACUUAAUGUUUGAUGAUGAAGAUUUGGAGAAGCCUCAUUUCCCUGGCAGAAGAUUUCCCUCAAGUGCAGUUGACUAUGAGCUGUCCAAGGAUGGGGAUUGGAUCCCUUAUACAAUUAAUAGAUAUCUACGUGAUUAUCAAAGGGAAGGGGCCCAGUUUUUAUACCGACACUAUGUUUAUAGCAGCGGAUGCAUUCUUGGAGAUGACAUGGGCCUUGGGAAAACAGUACAGGUUAUUUCAUUUCUGGCUGCAGUGCUGCACAAAAAGGGGACACGUGCGGAUAUUGAAAAUAACAUGCCUGAAUUUUUGCGAAGAACAAUGAAAAAGGAAAUGCCAUCUGUUCCAAAGACAACUUUCCUGAUUGUAGCACCCCUUUCUGUUCUGUAUAAUUGGAAAGAUGAAUUGGAUACUUGGGGCUAUUUCAAGGUUAUCAUUUUGCAUGGCAAUAGAAAAGACUAUGAACUGAGUCGAAUCAAGCAGGGAAAAUGUGAAAUUGCACUCACAACAUAUGAAACCCUUCGCCUUUGUUUAGAGGAACUUAACAGCCUUGCGUGGUCAGCUGUCAUUGUAGAUGAAGUGCAUAGAAUCAAGAAUCCAAAAGCUCAGAUAACUCAGACAAUGAAAGCUCUAAGAUGUAAGGUUCGUUUGGGACUUACUGGGACGAUUCUGCAGAACAACAUGAAGGAACUUUGGUGUGUCAUGGACUGGGCUGUACCAGGACUUUUGGGUAGUGAAGCACACUUCAAGAAGGAGUUUUCUGAUCCAGUAGAACAUGGCCAGAGGCACACUGCAACUAAAAGAGAACUAGCAACGGGUCGAAAGGCAAUGCAGCGGCUAACUCAAAAAAUGUCUGGCUACUUUUUAAGGCGUACGAAGGCUCUUAUUAACGAUCAGUUGCCCAAGAAGGAGGACAGAAUGGUAUAUUGUUCUCUGACGGAGUUCCAGAGAGCCGUUUAUAAGGCUGUAUUGGAGACAGAAGAUGUACAUUUAGUGCUGCGAGCACGGGAACCGUGUAGCUGCAACAGUGGUCACAAAAGGAAAAAUUGUUGUUUCAAAACUAAUGCUCAUGGCGAAACAAUGCAGGCAUUGUAUUUCAGUUACCUGACCGUACUUCGUAAGAUUGCUAAUCAUGCUGCACUGUUACAAACAGACAACACAAGCAAACAGCAGGAAGCCCACAUCACAAAGGUUUGCAGCCAGGUGUUUUCCAAGUUUCCUGAUUUUGUGAAGCUUAGCAAAGAUGCAGCCUUUGAAACCAUUUCUGAUCCAAAGUAUAGUGGGAAAAUGAAGGUCCUUCAGAAACUUUUAAAUCACUUCAGAAAAAACAAAGGCAAAGUGCUCCUUUUUGCCUUUUCAACCAAGUUACUUGAUGUUCUGGAACAGUAUUGCAUGGCAUCUGGGCUAGAUUAUCGAAGACUCGAUGGAAAUACAAAGGCAGAGGACAGGGUCAAGAUAGUAAAAGAGUUCAACAGCAUGGAAGAAGUUAACAUUUGCCUCGUUUCUACAAUGGCUGGUAGCCUGGGGCUCAAUUUUACUGGUGCAAAUAUUGUUAUACUGUUUGAUCCAACGUGGAAUCCAGCUAAUGAUCUUCAAGCCAUUGACAGAGCUUACAGGAUUGGCCAGUGCAGGGAUGUGAAAGUAUUUAGGCUUAUCUCUUUGGGGACAGUAGAGGAAAUGAUGUACUUACGGCAAGUUUACAAACAGCAACUCCAGUGUGUAGUGAUAGGAAGUGAAAAUGCCAAGCGAUAUUUUGAGGCAGUGCAAGGAUCAAAACAACAUCAAGGAGAACUUUUUGGUAUUCAUAAUCUUUUCAAGCUUCAGGACCAUGGAUCCUGCCUUACAAAAGAGAUCCUAGAGAGAGAGGGCCAAGUGGAAGCUGGUGUCAUGACAGCUACUACAUGGUUAAAAGAGGAACCUCAGCCACAUGCAAUAGACAUGCAUGCAGAGUGUGAUGGUGAAGAUCAAGACACUGCUGUUCCCAAGGAACCAUUGGAAAAGGAAGUAUUUGACUGUAGCAGUGACUUUAGUGAUGAGGAGCCUGUGAGAAAUUCUAAGGUGAAAGCAGAACAAAACCAAUCUUGCAAUACAAACAGUACCAGAGUUCUGCAGGGACAACUUACUUUACUUCAGUGUGGAUUUCCCAAACUUCUAGAAAAGAACAUUAAAACUGCUGAGGAUGAUAAUUGCAUUGGUACCUCCAGUGAUGAAACUGUUGAUGGCAAAUCAAUGGGACAAAGAUCCAAAAAAAGCUCUCAAAGUUACUGUUCUCUGAAAACCAAGGACCACUCCAGUGGUGCAGGACAUCAGAUAACCUUAUUGUCACCAAUCAAAGUUGCAAAACAAGAGUUGUGUGGAGAAACUACAAAAUGUGAUUAUCUUGUUUCACUACAUGCUGAAGAAGAAAAAGACACUGAAAAUAAAUACAAAGACACACCUAUUUUAAAUGAAGUUGGAGUAGUUAUGGAAACUGAAGGAAGUUCAACUGAAAGUGAUGAUACUAUAUUUUCUUCUCAAGUUCCUACUGAUUGGGAAUCUGUUAAAAGCUGUAAAGGUGCAACAACAAAUUGUGACUAUUUAGACACAGAUAAAAGUCCCAUGCUUACACCACUGCAAAAACAUUUGACUUCCAAGCAGAAUUGUAGGAUUGUUUCAUCUUACAGCAAAAUAAAACCAUUUGAAAACAUCCAAAAUAUUACUUCAGUGAAAGAUGCAAGUGACAUCAGUGAUGAGUCUGAUGAUAUUGAGAUAUCUAAAUCAGGAAAGCAGGAAUUCACCAGCACUGUGAAACAAAAACAAUUCCAUAACAAGGAGCUUGAAAAUUCCUCUGCCAGAUCUGCUCUGCAUAGAAGCAAUCCAAGCGUGUGGGAAAGAAAUUCUGAUUCUCAGAAUAUAGAAGAGUUCUCAUCACCAGAAGACAGCCUCACAAUGGUGAAUGUUGAUGUUAAUAAACAAAAAAAGAGGCUAAAAAGUGACAGGUGCAGAAUUAAAUUUGAAUCCAAAUUGCCAAGAUAUUCUAAGCAUCCCUCUGUGACCCUGAGACAACAAAACAAUUCCAAUAGGCACCAUACUUCUUUCAGCAAGCAAACAUUUGAAAGCCAAGGACAAAAAGUGGGAUCACUGGACAGACUUCUUGAUGAUGUUGCUGAAGUGUUCUAUGUUCAUUCAAAUCAAAAAGUGGUUGGUUCAAGCAAGGCUGAAAAUCAGAUGAGUCGGUGGGCAGUACAAGACGUGUUUGAGCUGCAACAGUUUUCACAGCUCCCUGCAAAUAUAGCAGUAUGCAGUACCAAGAAAAACAGGCAAAAUCCAGGGGAAGCUUUAUCAAGGAGGAAGAGUGCCAAGAAGGAUAAUUCAGUAAGUGAAAUCAACAAGCCCUCUAUUCUUUAUAUUUCACAUCCUGUAUGCCAGAAGCAGAAGAAGGUCCACCGAGUAGGCUCCAUUACCUUCCUGGUUGGAAAGACACCCCAAAGAAUCCGCAGGAAACAAUUUGAAGAAAUGACAGCUCAUUUUCAGAAGGCUUCAGUGGAAGAACUCGCAAAGUAUGUUGCCAAAACUACAUCAGAAGAGAGGCAGAAAAUAUUGAAAGAAUUUUAUGGUGCAAAAUAUCCAGAGUUAAAGGACUUACUAAAAGUUGAUGUUCCAGUUUCUGUUUCAGAAGGAAGUAAGGAAGGAGAUGUGCACAGAGCCCUAUCUAGAAGACAGUCCAUUCCUAAGCAUGGAAAAUCAAAAUCUAAUCCUUCAACAGAUCUCUGUGGCCAAAAAAGACAUGAAGCAGAAGCAAAGCAAUUUCAAUACAAUCCCUGCAUACAGGCUGCUGUGGAAGAUAAACAAUUGCCCACUGUCGUUACCCAAGAUAGCAUUAGUAGGAGAAACAGUGAGGCAUUCAAAGACUUUAUGGCAUCUGACUCAUUAAGCAGUAAAUCAGGAAUAAUUGAAGGGCUGUCUGCAAAUACUGCUAAAGGACAGCCAAACUUGAAGGGGACAGAGUCGCCAAGAAAACCCUUUCUGUCUCCAUCAGAAAGCAGACACGCUCAAAUGUGCAAGAAAAAUUCCUUUGCAGACAUACUAGGAGACACCUCUAUUUUAAAUGACCUCUUCAAGAGUAAUGCAAAUAGACCAACAGAGCCACCCAGGAGGUCCCUCUCUGGUCCUGCAGAAAAAGCAAAACCUCGACCAAAAGACUUCUGGGACAUGCUGAAUGAGCAGAAUGAGGAGAGCCUCGAAAAACUCACAGACAUGGCAGCCAUAGAGAAACUGUGUGAAAGAGCUCCUCUGAUCACUUUGCGCAAGAAGAAAGAAGAGGACGAGAAGUCACUUUGGAAGAAAAAUGACAAUUUUUUAUGGAAAAGAAACACAACUGGCACAGAUGAUGAAUCUUUGUCUGAUACAUGAUAUGAUGUCUAAAUAUCAAGGGAAACAAGGAAAAUCUCCACAGGUGUUAAUAACCCCCCCCCCAAACACACACACUUUUUAUUCUUGGAAGUGGCUCGGUGCAGUUGUAAGCUUCUUUGGCUGUUUUGCCCCCAAGCUUGCUUUUUUCCUUUUACAACUCCUUCAAAAGAGUGUUCUCCUUCUUGAACUUCCACCCUCAAUCUUUUUCAAAAGAAAAGAAAGUUUUUUUUUCUUUUUGAGCACUUUAUCUCUUUCUCUCUCAAAAGAAGGGAAACCUGUCUGUUUUGAAGGAGCUGUAAAAUGAAAAUAUCCUUGAAAAAGAGCUGAAGAAACUCAAAACACAUUGCAUCAAUAUUGAGAAUAAAAGCAUGCUCUUAGAACACCUGUUGAUAUUUUCCUUUUUGUUUUGGUCUUGCCUGUAGCCUAAAUAUGUCUCCCAUUUUAUCCAUUUUAAUCAGUUAACCUUUAAAGAAAGUAUUAAAGCCAUGGGCCUUUCCCAUGAUCAGAAUGGUUCCCAUAAAGACAAACACAGAAACUCUUCUUGCUUUCCGUAUUCCCAUUUAGCCCUCCCCUUCCAUAGUCGAGAUUUUUGUGUCCCUGCGCAGACACACACACCGAAUGUGAGUGGGGAGAAGGAGGAAACAUGGUGAUUGCUCUGUGCACAGGUUUUGCAGCCUCAUGUGGAGAACAAUCACACCUUUUUGUGUUUUAUUGUGAUAUGUUGGCCUUUGUGCACACCAGUGUUAGUGUCAUAUUUUCUGAAAUUGUCAAGCCAUGGGUGAAAAUACAAGGUUUAACUGAAAACCUGAUUGGAACUCCACUGAGAUACUAAUUAUGUUUAGGACACUCAGACAUCACAAAACCAAACCAAAGUUAACUGUUGCAUACACUUUGGGAUUAAUCAGAAUUGCCCAAAUAUUGUGACACCUUGAAAAUACUUGAUCAGUGAUGAGCUAGUUUGGCAACUGUUAAAUUAAUAGCAUAUGAGGCCCCUGCAAAUUUAUCAAGCAGUAAGUAUCUUCAGACAUCACAACAUUAGCCUGGAGGAGGAUUGAGGAAGAACAUAUAGUUGUACUCUCCUACUUUGUGAUAUCUGAAACUUUUCUUGAAGAUAGAGCAAUUCCACUGGGAUCAUUUAUACAGCAAGGUGUGUAACUUUAAAAGUACAAGCCUGCACGACAUGUAUUACUGGCUCAGUUCACACCUGCUGGAAACUAAAACUUGAAGGUAGCAGUUUCUGAAUUUAGCAGCAUGAUAACUAGAAACUUGUCUCGUUCUAUCAGGAGUAUAAACUUUUAAUUUUAGUGUUUUAAACUGAGGAAAUUAAAAAAAACUGUACAUAUUUUAUUCAGCCUUAUUUUAAAAUAAAGUGCAGCUACUUGCCACUAAGGGAUGUGCUCUCACCCGUAUGAAGUCUGGGUGGUUGAUGGUGUUUAAAGCUGCUUGGAAACAAAUCAAUCACAAAUCUCUAUUAAUUACCUUCUUGGCCUUCCUAACUGCAUAGUUGUUCAAUAUGUAUAUUAUUUUGUAGGUAUAUCCCAACUGGAAUACUGAAUACUUUAAUGCAUUUGGAAUCACUGGGCACGGGUUGCCAGACAUUGCACUGUAAUGGAGCUUGUGAAACAGAUAUGUAAGCCUCAUUUAAAUGAGUAAAAACUGCUCAGUAGCCCUUGCCUGGUGGACAUUGAACCCUUUCACUCCACUGUGCCAUUGCUUGAAUUAAUUGCAAGCCAGUCCUGAGAUGUGUGUGUGUGCGCAUCCUUUCCUAGGGGCUGUAUUCAUCUAACCACUACUCAGAGUAGACCUAUUGAAAAUAAUCAACCAAAGUUGGCCAUGUCUAAUAAUUUCAGUGGGUCUGCUCUGAGUUGGACUAGCACUGAAUACCACCUUUAUUAAUUGCCUUAGUGCACAUCAUUAAAUUGGUAACUGAAUUGCCAAGUGGCUUUGUUAAACAAAUGAUGGAUGACUGUAAAACUAGCUUGGAUCAAACUAUUGCAAGCAUUUUAUUUGAAAAUAAAAAUAGUUUUAUACCCA